AUGGCUUCCAAGGCAACUCUUUUCCUUGGUCUUUUAUUGGCUCUUGUUCUUCUCAUUACUUCAGAGGUGGCAGCUAGAGACUUGGCUGAAACUCCCCCUGAGAAAAUGACUACUGAGACAUAUGGGCUAGAUCAUGCCAACUACGGUGGGUAUGGCGGCGGGUAUGGCGGCAGUGGUGGUCGUGGUGGUGGAUAUGGACGUGGUGGUGGUCGUGGUGGAGGUGGUGGAAGAGGUGGCCGUGGCCGUGGAGGCGGGGGUGGCCGUGGCGGUGGUGGUGGCAGUGGCGGCGGAGGCAGAGUCGUGACGGCAUUGGACCUAUCUAACAAAAUGGGCAACGCUCACGAGUGA